GGCCCCGCGCGUCGAGCUGGAUGCCGCCGCCCGUGGGCAGGCAGGUGCCCAGGCGCUGAUAGAGGCCGCCGCGAGGGCAACCAAGGACGCGGCUCAGCAAGAGACUACCGCCGCGAAGGGGAACGGAGUGGCCGUCCUUCUUGCAGGCACCCUCGUCCGCUACUUCCCCAACCUGGACAGGCACGUCGUGGCGCCGCUCGCCCGCAGUAAUCGCACGGUGGACGUGUACCUCAGCCUCAGCGUCGAGGGCUUCAUCUCCUGGCGAAGCCAUGGGAAUAGGUUCGUCAUGCACCCCGCGUACGUGGGGAAGGACCUGGACGAGGUGAAGGACAUGAUCGUCGAGGGGAUACGCGAUCAUGGGGGCACCGCGGCCGCAGUGAGGA